AUGAUUCAACCCUUCCAGACAACCUUUGCGGUCCCAAUGACCUGCGAAGGCUGCGUAAAGGACAUAUCUAGCUCUCUAUACAAACUCGAUGGCAUCAAUAAGGUCGAUGCAAACAUCAAGGAUCAACUUCUCUUUAUCGAGGGCACCGCAGCACCCAGCUCUAUCGUCACUGCUAUCCAAGAAACCGGUCGUGAUGCCAUUCUGCGCGGAAGUGGCACCACCAAUAGCUCUGCUGUCUGCAUCCUCGAGACACACUCCACCAAUUUCUCUAAUAAGAUCCGCGGUCUCGCCCGUAUGGUCGAAGUCAGCUCGAAUAUUACCCUCGUCGACCUAACAAUUAAUGGCCUCUCGCCCGGUAAAUACGUGGCUACUAUACGUGAGGCGGGUGAUAUCUCCCAGGGUGCAGCCUCAACCGGUGGCAUCUGGGAUUCUCUGAAGACAGCCGUGCUGGGUAGCGAGAAGGAGCCUCGUGGAAUUUUUGGAACUGUAGAUGUGAACGAGAAGGGCCACGGAAAUGUCUUUUUGGACCGACCAGUUGCUAUUUGGGAGUUGAUUGGUAGGAGCAUGGUUGUUUCUUCUACUGCUGAAGGCCCAUUCCGACGCGAGGACGAAAACACCAUUGUUGGUGUUAUCGCGCGUAGUGCUGGUGUGUGGGAUAAUGAUAAGAUGGUCUGCUCGUGCUCGGGUAAGAAUGUUUGGCAGGAGAGACAGGACCAGGUAGCCCAGGGGAUUGUUUAA